GGGGAGGUCACAGGGGUGUCAGCAUGAGCCUGCCCCUGACCAUGUGCAGGAAACAUUCAGGGGCCGCUCCCCUGUGUACCGUUACGUGGUUAUCGGCCAGAAGGUCGACAACAAGGGGGUCAUGAUGCUGCGUUGCACUUUUUGCAACAAAGUAUUUCAAGGGAGUCAAUUCCAGGCGACGAGGCAUUUCACGCAGACGAACUACUGCAAGGACGUCAGCGACGAGGCUUUGUACGAGAUCGCGCGACGGAGUCAACAGAAGUUCGAGAGCGAUCAAAUGGAGAGGGUUGCCAAGUACGGGGCGGAGCGCGGAGUCGAUGUGCCUGGCACGGGUGGUGUGAGGGGAGGAGAGGUGGGGCGGCAGCCCGUGGAGGGAGCGUCAGGAGGGGUCGGGGGAAAUGGUGGAGGUGGAGACACGAAGGAGGGCGCGAUCGACGUCGAUCGCGAGGCGCGUGUCCCGGGCGAGCGGGGAGUCCCGGGACACGAGGAUGUGCCUGAGGUUUAUCCAGGCACUGGGGAGAGGAUGGAGGACUUUUUGAGGCGAGCAUCCAAGGGACCUGUAGGGAAGGGUUCUUCCAAGAGGAACGAAGGUGGAAUAGAUCCGGCUGCCGCACCAGCUGGGAAGAGGCAUCACCAGCAGAAGGUCACUGGUGUCUACGCGGAGAGGAACUGGGCAGUCCACGAGGGCAUUCAUACGAAGAAGCGCAACCAGUUGGCCUUUGAGAAGGUCGUUCAGCUGGUUGAGAUCACCGCGAAUGUGCGGUUGUCGGAGUAUCGGCGGGCUGGGUGCGGUUAUGUGCUGCCAUGGCAGCGGGACGAGGGCGUGCUAGACUGCCAGGCCGGACUGGAGUUGGAGCCAGUGCGCACGGGCACGCGCAGGGGGAUGACGCCGGAGGAGAUUGCCGUGCAAGAGGAGGGGGGACCGUCGGCAGCAGCAGUGGAGGGGGAGAUGGCAGUGGAGGGGGGAUUGGCGGGCACGACGAUUGCAGGUGUGGUGGACCAGAUAGCUGUAGCAGCAGCGGCUUCAUUGCUAGAGGAGAUGGCAGCUUCAGGGUUGGCGGAGGAGGCACCAGCGCCAGGGGGAGCAGAUGCAGUGGAGGGGCAGGCGGGAGCAGCUAAAGGAGCAGCGGGAGGAGCAGAUGGAGGAGCAGCUGGUGGAGCAGCUGCACUAGAUGGGCUUGUGGCUGCAGCAGCAGGAGAAGCGAGACGAGGGUCGGAUGCAGUGGGGGGGGGAAUGCCAGGAGCAGUGGAGGAGGAGAUAGGGGCACAGGCGGAGGCAGGACGGCGGCUAGACGAGGGUGUGGGUGACGCACGAUGUGUGGUCCGGGAGACAACGACGGGUCCAGUCGUUCUGUUCUCGGGCCUGCACUUGGAUCAGGGCCGACAGUCGCAGCCGGUGCUGGUGGCAGUGCAUGGUGUGCCGCCGGCCGUUAUCACGGAUUUGGGGUCUGAGCCGCUGGUUGCGCCACUGCGUCUUCCUAGUCACUUUGCUCCGCAGGAGGUCCGCCGUCCUUUGGAUGCAGACGAGUUGGUGAGAGAGGCUGUCCGCGAUGUGACUCGCUUGGACCGGCGGGUCUUUGACCAGAGGCUAGAGCAUCCACCAUGGCAGGCGAUCCCUCCAGUUCCAUGGGGUCCUGCAUCGCCGGUGUGGUCUGGGUCUACCUCCACCGGAGCACGUACGGCAGGAGAUGUUCCAGGGGUUUCAGGUGGCGUCGUGGAGACGGCGCCACGUACACGAGACAUGCCACCCCCUCCUCCUAGACCACCUGUAGGUGAUCCGUCAUCGUCGCCCACAGGCAGAGGCUCUCGAUCUCCACACACGCCUGGGAGGUCUAGGAUUCGGGACACUACAGCUGUUGUGGGGGACGUGAGUGACACAGCGUUGUUCGGGAGGACAGACAUAGAUUUGGAUUCCACCCGCCCUGUCACGGAGCACACUGCACGUCUACAGCCGGGUUUGGGACCCCACGACGGCAGGAUGACUGCAGCGAGGGAGGUGGCAGCAUCAGGUUGUGAGCCUCAGCGAGGUCGCGACAGAGGAGUGUCCGCCGAUAGCUUGGAGUACGCUCUGAUGGCAGCGACGCGUGCCGUACAUGAGCAGACUCCACGCAAGCGCGGAGUGCCUCCUCGUCCACGUCCCGUGCCCACAGAGGGAGAAGAUGCACUUGGAGAGACUUCGGGGGCAGAGGGGUUGGGGAUGCCUCGUGGAUCGCGCCGUGCGCAGACGGUUACAAAGGCUAGUGCGAGGGUUGCUGUGUUGAGGAAGGCACGAGCCCCUAUCACCAUCGAGGAGGAUGAUCCUGAGACAGAUGUGGGAGUGCGGGAGGAGGACGAGGACUAUGAGGGCGAGGAGGAGGGAGAGGAGGAGAGCGAGAGAGGUUCCGACGGUGACGACAACCACGACGAGCACGAGCCCCCACCUCCUCCACCGAAAGGUGCAGCCAGACGGCGCGCUGCACAGACUUCUUCAUCAUCACGGGGGAGGAGGAGUUCGACAUCCGGCACGCGAGGGGGUACGAGGAGACAGAGCGGAAAGGGGAAGAAGCGUCGUUGACUGAUGAGGCCAACACUCAUUUUUUUCCCUGCUCGCACUGAGUGUACCACUGCCUUAGCAGUAACUUGUAGGAUACAUUGCAUAUGUUGCAUUUUUCAUUUAUGUUUUUUGUGAGAGGUACUUUGCGUCGUUGAGGACUUUUCAUGCACAGUACAUUUUCCAUGUACAGUUUCAGUUUCGAUUGAUGCUGGUCGUGGUUGGCGUGCGCGAGCUUUCGUGACCAUUUUCAUCUGGUGUGAUUUUAUAUAUUUCAUUGUUGUUAUCAUUUGCAAUCUCAUUUCCUGCGUUUGACGCCGUUUGUUUCUUGUACAAUUCUACUUUAGUUUUUUGCCUGAAGAGUUGUUUGUGUGCUUGUUCUUUCUUUUUUUCUUUUCUGUGYUGAUUGUUGAAUCAAAUUAUCAUUGUAUG